AUAAUUAAAAUAUCUCUUUUCAUUUUUCUCACAUUGUUACAAUUACAAAUGAUCAAUUUAGUUUCCAAAACCAAAAAUUUUCCUAUUUUUCCUAAUCAUAAUCAUGAAUUCAGAUCAAUUUGGUCAAGAAACAAUGUUUUGUUGCCUUCUUCCGGGGGACAUUGUCAUCGAGAUUCUCAUAAGGCUUCCAGUAAAGUCGUUGUCACGAUUCAAAUGUGUAUCAAAACCCUUUUGUUCUUUAAUCAAGAACCCUAAUUUUAUCUCCAAACAUUACGCGAAAAUUACUCAAGAAACACCACCCCAUAUCCUAAUUAUGGGUCGUCAUCAUAAAACUCUUGAAGUAACGUUACGUUUGAUUAAUUCCCUAACUAUACAUCGCGAUAUCAUUACACCUCCUCUUCAUUUCCACGUGCCAUUUGGCAUGACAUCUGAAAAAACAAGAAUAGUUGGCUCAGCCAACGGUUUAAUAUGUCUGAAUCUGAAUAAUCAUAAUGGUGUGGCGAUUGUUAUAUGGAAUCCAGCUAUUAAAAAAUUCAAACCAAUUCCAAAAUCUCCAUAUGUGUCAACCCUAGGUAAACUCACUAUAACGGAUUUAGGGUUUGGUUAUAACCCUAGAAACAACGAUUACAUGAUCGUUAGACUCCUAAACGUUGCUACGUCUAGGAGGAAGUAUGAGGUAGAAGUUUACACGUUGAGUACGAAUUCUUGGAGAAAAAUAACUAGUGAUGGACGCGUUUUACUAGUUAUACGACCAUUCUGGAAGCCAAUGGCUCCCGGAAUGAUCGUAGUAAAAGGUGUAGCUUAUUGGGUAGGAGUUGAAGUUAGAAAUGAAGAAAUGUGUAGCGUUGUUGUUUCAUUAGAAAUGAAUAGUGAGGAAUUGAAAUUUAUUUCACCGCCAAUUGAACAUCAUGGUAUUGUGGUUGACCUAAGGGAAGCAAUAACCCUAAGACUAUUUAAUUUAAAUGAAACAUUGGCUUUGAUUUAUUCAACAAAUCUUGAAAAAGUUGAUAUAUGGAUGAAUAAUGGGUUUGAUUUAUGGGUGUUGGAUGAUAAAAUAAUGAGUUGGAGUAAAAAGUUUAAAGUUGAACCUAUUCAAGGGUUUUUAUUAGAAAGUGGAUUUUGGGAAAAUUCAAAGGCAAUGGUUGCACACGAGAGAAAAGAAAUGUGUUAUGAUGAAAAUGGAGAUUAUGUUUAUACAAAAGGUGAGACUAAAUUAUAUUUGUAUGAUGUUAUUAAUGGUGAUUUUGAUAUUAUUGAAAAUCAUGAACUACGUGCACCAUUUCAAGGUUAUAGUUAUUUGGAGAGUUUAGUGGAUGUGAAUGGAGGUAUUCAUGUUACAAAUGAGGUUGAUUUGUCUAAGUUUUUGGAUUUUGAUCCUUUACUUUUUUGAGUACCCAAAAUUUAUCUUUUUAUUAGCCAAACACAAAUCACUAUUCGAGUGUUGAAAGGUUUUUUUUUUCAUACCAAGGGCAUGAACUCGAAAAUCUGUGUAAGGUAGAGAUUUCAAUCAUUUUUUUCAUACUAAGGGUUUGAGCUCGAGAUCUUUGAUUUAGAAAGAUGGUAAUUUAGCAAGUAAUGUAGUAAGUAACCUAGCAAGUAAUCCUUUUGCAACCAAAAAAAUAUAUUUUUACCUUACACUAAGGUAUAGUUUAGUUUUUAUUAGAUUUGUUAAGAAAAGGAUAUAUUGUAUUCCAUGGUAGUUGUAUUAUGAAUUACUAUUGUAUUGCUCUAUAUGAAAAAGAGAGAAAAUACGUAUAGGUUCAAUUGUAAA